AUGCGAUGCAUCAACUUCGCCGAGCUCAAAAAUGCCGAUCUCAUCAAGACCCGGACCACAGUUCAGCCGUAUACGAGCCGUCAUGCUUAUACGUCCUACUUUCAGCGGCUUGGGCAAAGUGCCCCCACUACCGAUCGACCUGGCUCGUCCCGCCAGCCGACUGAGACGGACGAGCAUGAGAGGAUGCUUACAACAAGACUAUCAUUUAAUGGGGAUACAAACACCACUCAGGCCCAAAUUACUGUUCCGGGACCGCCAGCACCACUGGCACCUCCACCACCGCCGUUGUGCCUUAAAAUUAAUAGUGAGUUAGAAUCUCACCCGUGCUUUCCUCCACAAAGGUUUGCAACUGGAUCUUCUCGUGGGCCUUUGCUUGGACCCUACAUUCUGCACAAAAUUGGAUGCACAACCCUCAACCCCUUUGGGAUGACACUUUCUGCGAAUGGGUGA